AUGUAUUGGCAUUGGCAGUAUCAUCCAUCGGCCAGGAUGCAAAAAUUACCGGCAAACUGGUACUCCGCAGAGCGCAAUGCUAAACUUGGAACUCGGCAGUACCACGGCGCGCCGAUAUUGGACAAUGGCAAGAGGAAAACAGCUCCUGGCCUUGGCAGUCGGCGCAUUAUGCAGUUGUUCAAUGGACGCCGAGUCCUAGGUAGUUAG